GGCUGGGGCUGAGGCUGAAUGUUGGACUCCGGGUCCCGGAGGAGCCUCAGGGCUCGGCGCCGGGCCGGUCCGAUCCGGUCCGGAGGAAGUGACGGCACCGUGCGGUGCGCGGGGUUUCCCGGGGCCCUGUGUCGGACUCGGGACUCGGUGAACAAACGAUAAUGGCACGUAGUUUUGGCAGACGUUACCUCAAGGCAUUUGUUAGUGGUUUCUUUGUCGCUGUUCCUGUUACUGUGACAUUUCUGGAUCGUGUGGCAUACAUUGCAAGAGUGGAGGGUGCAUCAAUGCAGCCAUCAUUAAAUCCUCCGGGAAGAACCACAUGUGAUGUCGUGCUUUUAAAUCGAUGGAGUGUGCGGAACUAUGAAGUACAACGUGGUGAUGUCAUCUCCCUGGUGUCACCUAAAAACCCAGAGCAGAAAAUAAUCAAGCGAGUGAUUGCCCUUGAAGGAGAUAUCAUCAGAACUAUGGGAUAUAGGAACAGAUUCAUAAAGAUUCCCAAUGGCCAUUUAUGGAUUGAAGGAGAUCACCAUGGACACAGCUUUGACAGCAAUGCUUUUGGACCUGUUUCCCUUGGACUAGUUCAUGCCCGUGCUUCACACAUCAUCUGGCCUCCCAAUCGUUGGAUGAAAUUACAAACAGAUCUCCCCGUGGAGCGAAGGCCUUUGUUGAUUGAGGGCAAUGAAUCGGUGGAUGAAACGUCCAUUUAGCACCGAAUGAAGAAAGCAAGCUUCCAGCUUGAAAUUGAAUUGAUCCAGUAGCUGCUGUAAAAGGAAGAUUGCAUUGUGUUGUUCUGUAGUGUUGUAUAUUCCAUGCACUGGGCUUUCCCAAGCCAUAAACACUUGUGUUCUACAUUGCAAAAUUCAUUAUUACACAGACUUUAUUGAACACUUGCCAUAAUUUUUAGUUGUUUUUCCUGAUGUGUUUUGAAUGAUUUCACUGCCUAUUGAGCCAAAACUCAUCUUGAAUUUAGGAUGAAAUACAAAUGAAAGAGUUAAUUCCAGUGGAGACCUGGGAACAUCAACUGCAGUUUUGCCAAGGAAGCCAUUAAUAUACCCUUGAUGUUAUUGAGAUGAUGUCAGUCUAGAACCAAUAGAUUAGGGCCUGAAAAUCUCUUAUGAUCAGUUUGCCAGCGUAAGUGUGGACAAUUACAGUUAGCACCUUUCCUCACCUAAAACAAGGAAUCUUGACUCAAACUUCUGGGAAGUUAAGUUAAAAGAAUGUCAUUUGCAUAACUGGACCAGACUGAGAUGCGUUUACGUUAAAAGCGCAGGGUCCUCUAUCAUGCAAAAGGCCAAACAAGUUUUGAUCUUAUAUGUAAUACAGGACCCAUUCUGGUGAGAAAAUGUAAGAAAUAUUUCUAUUUUUGCAUUCUUUAAAAGAGCUCAAAACAUGUCCUCUGCACCUCAUCCUGCCCAUUCGAACUGGCAUCUUUUUCAUAGCACCACCAUUCCUGGUGUAGGCAAAGUAGAUGCAUGAUAUGUAAACGGCCCACCGAAACCAAAGGUCCAAUCUACAUCUGCAUGAAUCCUGGUAGCAUCAAGAUCAGACCCAAAUUCUGUCUUGGGCAUUAAAGAAAACUUAGUUUCACUGCAGCCCCAAGAAUAUCAUGGUCUGGGACUUUUGGGAGGAUUUGGUUCAAGCAGACUUUAUAUAGAAAGUCAUUUCAUUCAUGGCUCCUAGCUUAAAACCUAACUUAGAAGGAAAUGACUAUUUUCUCUCUCUGUACUGCUAAUGAAGAUCCAAUUUGAAAUGAAUUGAUGAAUGUUUCAAUCCAGUUCAUCACGGCUGUAGGUUUGCAACUCACAAAGGUGUGGAGUUUACUAUAAAUUGGCAUGCAUUUUGGUUUCUUAUAACAAGAUUUAAUUAGCGAGUAGGUAAAGUAGGAUACUACUGUUGGGACAGAAUUGAAAGAACCUUACUUUCUUUGAAAUAUGCAGCUUUGAAACCAAAGAUUACUUAAUAUUGAAUUGACAUUGGGUGAUACAAGGGAAUAGAUGCUCCAUCCCCCAGCACUGACACUCUAAUUUCCGACACUAUUGCCACUGCUACAAAGUGUAACACUGAAUAUUUUUAAUUUUUGUCACAUCAGAGCAGAUCUGAAUUAGAUUCCACUGCAAGAUGUUUUUUUUUCCACUAUUUCAGGCAACUACCCCAUUCAAGUAAGAUGUUUCUUCAGAGCUUAGAAUGUUGUGACAGUGAAGGCAAUAUAAACAAAUAAAUAAGAAUGAGCCCUUGCAAUCUUUUAUCAAGAUAACCAAAAGCGUAAUUCUUCAAACAGAAACUUCCUUGAUCUAGCAGAUUCUGAAUGAUGGUAACAUUGAAAAGGAUUUGCAGGCUUCUAAGUCAUGACAUUUUUUAGAAACAGAAGAUUUGUGGCACAGACAGAAGUCAGUCAGCCCAUUGUGCUCUGAGCCACCCAAGAAUGAAUUAUGUGACUGAAUUCCACUGACCAUUCCUUGAUCCACAAUUAUGUAGCUUGUGAUAUUUUAUUCCUUUUUAAUGGUUUCUAUCACCCUCUCAAGCAAUGAGCUUCAGAUCUUCACCACCUUCUGGAUUCAAAAAAAUGUCUCUUUAAACUUUUCCCGUCUGUCCAACUAUUACUUUAAAU